AUGGCCAAUAGAACCGCUUACGAACAUGCCACCACCGGCUUCACCGGUGCUAAUUCCCCCAUCACCCUUCCCAACAUUACUAAUGAUAGGUCCUGGCAGAUUCCACCCUACAUCAUGACGGCCAUCACUAAUUCAUGCCAAUUCCAUGGUCGUGAUGAUGAGGAUGCUCCCGCCCACAUUAACCGAAUCACCCGCCUUUGCAGCAUCUUCUCUAUUGAAGGUGUUAAUCUAGAAGCCAGGUACCUACAGGUUUUCCCAUUAACUCUCGCUGGCCGCGCAACCGUCUGGUUCGAUUCACUGCCAGCGGGAACAUUCACCAUCUGGGCAGGUUUACGAGAUGCUUUCUUAGCUAAAUAUUUCCCACCUGCCAAAGCAUCUCGUCUACGCGAUCAGAUCCAUUCAUUCCGGAUGGAGCCUGAUGAGCCGUAUCACCUGGCCUGGGAGAGAUUCCAAACUCUGCUUUCUCGUUGUUCUCCGCAUGGUUUGUCGGAUUGGGCACUUGUUGAAAAGUUCUACAAUGGUCUCACCCCGGAGAUCAAAGCCCGGUUCAAUACUUCUACUGGAGGGCAACUCAUGGGUAAAAAGACGGUUACUGAGUGCAUUGAUUUGUUUGAGAGUUUCGCCCAUUCUGAUAUGGAAUAUAGCACUACCAGCAAGACUUCCAUUCCUGUGACUACCUCCUCGGCCACUCGAGGGGUAAACCAAGUAGGCUUGGAUUCAUCGGUAGCUGCUGCUUUAGAGGGUCUUAAACAAGAGUUGAAUGAGAUUAAGAAAAAGGUUGAUAGGUGUGAGGUUUAUAGGGGGCACGACGUGAUAGAUUGUCCCACACUUACACUCGAGCAGGUAGAGGUUAUAGUCGGUCACUCUAGGGGUCGAUUUAAUAAUAGUAAUUCAAAUUAUAACUCUAACUGGCGUGGUGGUGGCAAUAAUAGUUGUUUCCGUUCUUCCGGUAAUCCUCCUGGUUUUCCAUCUAGUCAGUAUAAAAAUAGGGGGCCCGGUCUAUACACUAGUAGUGGUUCAGGUCAGGGAGCUCAGUUUAGUGGUUCAGACAUUCAGAGAACAGUAGGUGGUUUAGCUAAACAGUUACAAGAGAACCCACCAGGUCAGUUUUCAAGAAAUACCUACCCGAACCCAGCAAACCAUCCAGCUAAAGCUAUUACUACCCGUAGUGGAAAGAGUCUAGGGGAGGUAGUUAGAGAGAGUGUAGAGGUAGAGGAUGAGGAAGAGGUAGACGAGGAAAUAGAGAUGGAAGCUCCCGGUAAGGUGCAAAAUAGGCUAGACCCAGCAAGUACCGCACACACUGAGGAGCUCCAAGUAGAAAAGAGUGUCGAAAAACGUCCCGUAGGGGUUAGUCCUUCACCGUCAGUUGAUCAUUCAGGCGUUCCCUACCCCGCCCGCCUUAAGCAUCAAAAGUAUGCUAAGGAAUAUAGGCAAUUCUUAGAAAUAUUCAAACAGUUAAAAAUCAACCUUCCUUUCAUCAAAGCCUUAUAG